AGGCUGUGCGAGUUUGAGGAGCUGUCCAGAUGCUGAAACAGCAGCGCGCGGUUAAUUUUAAGAGCAGCUGUCUCUGGAGGUGUUUUACUGCGUGUGAUUUAUCUGGAGAUAGUUGGGGUUUUCUGUUUCCUUAAGAGGCUCUUGAACGUAAUUAGGAUCAAAGUAACGAGCCGUCUGCCACACAUCGGCGGUGAAACCACACCGGGAGAGUCACAGCCUCGCUUGUAGCUGCAUGCGGACAGGAGGGGUGGAGUUUAUUGCAUUUACUUUUCAAAGCUCCUCCGGCUCAGACAGAAGAAGCGCUUUCUUUUCCCGGGAAACAGCUCAGAUGGUGCGUCCUGGCAUGUGAUCUCACUUCACAGACCAGUCGCCUCGCCUCUGCAGCCUCCAGUUUUAAACUUUCCAUGCAGUUGCCCGUCCGGCAGACUCAAGCUGCAGGAGGUUCCGUCUGUACUCGCUCGCCCGCUGCGCUCCGGUUCUCUCCGUGUUCAGAGGGACUCGCGCGACCGCAGGAGCUGGCCCGGGUCUCCCGCACGCAUGGAGGGAGACGUUAUGGACAAGGUGGAGGCCACAGCUCCACCUUGUGACUUCGACCCCACGAGUGGGAGCAUCCCCGCCACCAAAGUGGAAAUAACCGUGUCUUGCAGAAAUCUUUUGGACAAGGACACUUUCUCCAAGUCUGAUCCAUUGGUCGUGUUAUACACCCAAGGCGCGGAGUCCAAACAAUGGAGAGAGUUUGGGAGGACGGAGGUGAUAGACAACACGCUGAACCCAGACUUCGUCAGGAAGUACAUCCUGGACUACUUCUUUGAAGAGAAGCAGAACCUGCGCUUUGACGUAUAUGACAUUGAUUCUAAAAGUCCAGACUUGGCAAAACAUCCCAACGACUUUAACGACUUCCUAGGACAAGUCUUUUGUACUCUGGGAGAGAUUGUGGGCUCGCCUGCCAGUCGAUUGGAGAAACCAUUAGUGGGUAUUCCUGGGAAGACAUGUGGAACCAUCAUCUUGUCUGUGGAAGAGCUGGGAAACUGCCGAGAUUAUGCUACCAUGCAGUUCUGCGCCAACAAACUGGAUAAAAAGGACUUCUUUGGAAAGUCGGACCCCUUCAUGGUGUUUUAUAGAAGUAACGAGAAUGGCACGUUCACCAUCUGUCACAAGACGGAGGUGGUGAAGAACACUUUGAACCCUGUGUGGGAACCCUUUUCCAUUCCUGUCAGAGCACUCUGCAACGGAGACUACGAGAGAACAAUCAAAGUGGAAGUGUAUGACUGGGACAGAGAUGGAAGCCACGAUUUCAUCGGUGAAUUCACUACAACCUACAAAGAGCUGUGCAGAGGCCAGAACCAGCUAAAUGUAUAUGAGGUGGUGAAUGCCAAGAAGAAGCAAAAGAAAAAGAGAUACAUCAACUCUGGCACAGUGUCCUUACUGUCGUUCAUUGUAGAGUCUGAACACACCUUCCUUGAUUACAUCAAAGGAGGAACUCAGAUUCACUUCACAGUGGCCAUUGAUUUCACAGCAUCAAACGGAAAUCCAUCACAGUCCACUUCACUACACUACAUGAACCCUUAUCAGAUGAAUGCCUAUGCCAUGGCUCUGAAGGCGGUUGGAGAGAUCAUCCAGGACUAUGACAGUGAUAAGAUGUUUCCCGCUCUGGGAUUUGGUGCAAAGCUUCCGCCUGACUGGAGGGUGUCCCAUGAGUUCCCACUGAAUGGCAACGUCGAGAACCCAUACUGUAAUGGUAUAGAGGGGAUCCUUGAAGCUUACCACCAAAGCCUUAAGACGGUUCAGCUUUAUGGACCCACCAACUUUGCUCCUGUUGUCAAUCAUGUGGCGAGGUAUGCAGAAGCUGUUCAGGAUGGAUCUCAGUACUUCGUCCUGCUCAUCAUCACGGAUGGAGUCAUCUCAGACAUGGCUCAGACCAAGGAGGCCAUCGUGAACGCAGCCAAACUUCCCAUGUCCAUCAUUAUAGUUGGAGUCGGCCAAGCUGAGUUUGAUGCUAUGGUUGAACUCGAUGGUGACGACGUCAGAAUCUCCUCCAGGGGAAAGUUGGCAGAGAGAGACAUCGUUCAGUUUGUACCGUUCAGAGACUACAUGGACCGCACGGGCAACCACAUCCUCAGCAUGGCCCGGUUGGCUAAAGACGUCCUGGCUGAGAUCCCUGAGCAGCUGAUUUCCUACAUGAAAAGCAGAGCCAUCAAACCCAACCCGGUUCCUCCUGCUUACUCGACAUGUGCCCCCCCAGAGACUGAAUCGGUCUGACUGACUCCUCCACCUCCUCCACCACGCGACGCAGCUCAGCUAUGCAGGAGUCCAGAUGAAUAGGAACUGGAUGGAGAAGAAAAUAAAUGCUUUUGCGGUCCUUUUUAAUAACCGAGAGAAACAAACAGAUGAUGGUUUGGGGUACAGGGACCGCUGUGGGAGAACCUGUUGAUAAUCAGCGAGUGUUUUCAUCCCAGAGUCUUAAGGGUGAGAGCGCUGAGAGAAGGCCGUUGUCCAAAAGGAUGUUUUCGAUGUUUGCUGUCAUGGAUAAACUCGUAGAGAAGGGCCUGUGUGGAGAUACGUUUGGGUGUGCCAGUGUGCAUCUCGUUUGUGAUCCCUUUUGGAGUCCGUGUGUUUGUUUAGAAAAUCUUACGGAGACUAAUUAUUUAUUUAUUUAUUUACUGCAGAGAUGACUUAUUGCUUUCAGGGGACUUUUAACGGUGUUGGGUGUUGAAGUUGUAAAUAUAUAUAUAUAUAUAUUGUAGUUUUCCAUCAAAUAUUUUGUGAGCAGUGUAAGGAACCCCCCCCCCCCCCCCCCAUUUCUACUUUGGUAAAAUUACCUGUAAUAUAUAAGAGCAUGUGAUAAAAAUCUAGAAUCAUUAUAACUCAUGUAGAAUUUUCGCUCAGAUGCUGUACUAUCAUGCAGAUUUUUUCAGCGCCAUGUCUUAUACAAGGUAUUUCUAAUAUUUCUACUAACAGAAUGCACUAAUUACUGUCAAAAUAAAAGCACAAAGGUUCCAAUGUUGAUAAGAUGAAACCCUUGAUUUAAAAAAAACAUUAAAAGUGGAAAGAAUCCCAUUUUAUGUUUUUAACACGGCUAUUAACAUUAGAAACUGGAAGAAUCGGAGAAGAAAAGGAGAUGCAUUAUUUAAAUAUAGCUAUGUUUACAGAGUCAUGAUUUUAAGCACACGCCCACUUUUCGUGUUGGGGUGCAAGAACGUAAACUCUGUUUUAUGUUUCAGUGUGUUUGCACUUUGUUACCUGGAAAUUAUUUUCCCAUUUAAUUUUGAAAAUUUGAUCUCAAUUUCAACUUUUUCUCCCUUCUUCAGGUUGUUUGUUUCUUUAGAGUGAAGUCUUUUAAAGAGAGGUUAUAGGGCGCAGAGUGUUUUUAUAAAGUCACCAAACAAUUACUGGGAGAGUGCAAAGCUGUUUACUCAGUCUACCGAGUCUUUUUCGUUUUUAAUUAACCUUACUAUGGUUCUUUGCAUAGCCCACCUAAUCUCAGUUGACUUAAUCUAACUUUUUUGGAUUGACCAGUGAUCAAAUGUAGAUUUUGCUUGUAUUCAUCCAGAGAGGACCAUAAGAUACUCCUGUUUUUAUUCAAAACGAGUGUCUGUGUGCUGUAGGACUUGUGUCAUUUUAUGGUGAAGUUGAGACAUGAACACACUUCAAACAGCAGGUGCUUAGGGACCGUCUGCAAACUGCAACUCCAGAUAAUACCAAUAAAAUGGAUCCCUUCAAAAUAAGAUGUUUACUCUCAGUUAUUAUUAGAUAAGCAUGUUUGCGUUUUCCAGAUGGUUCCUUCCCACUCAUCUCAGUCAGAAGCACACAGACACCAAUUCAAUUCAAUUCAAUUUUAUUUAUAUAGCGUCAAAUCACGACAAGAGUCGUCUCAAGGCACUUCUCAUAAUAAACCAACGACUUGCGUUGACUGAAUGUGUUGCUGUUUGGUGAGAAUGAAUUCAUGAUUUUAUUUUUUUGGGGGGCCUAGAAGUGAGAUUCUCUUUUACUUCUCUAAGUCGGAGUAUUCUAAAUGAUUAUCAAAUCUUUAAAGAGCAAGGUCACUGAGAUUUUUACUUGUUUUUGUUGAAAUAUGAUCGUUCACUAUGAGUUUAACCUGCAGGCUAAAGGUGAAAAUAGUCUUUUACCCCUAUUUCCCGCAUUAGCCUCUGAUAGAAAGUAGAUGGGGAAGGCUGUUAUUGAUUUAGCACCCAGGAGCAGGGCAUGUUUCAAGUAGUAGAAGCUAACCAUUAGCAUUAGCAACUCCACCACACAGCAGAGCCCCUCCAGACUUGAGUUAUUUGUGGAGAUAAAACAUCAACAUUGCAGAGUAAACUGAAUAAGAGUUGCAAUGCUGUUAGCCAAUCAGAGGAGAGGUUUCCAAAUAUCAGGAACAAAUACUCCAAAACCGGCUUUGUUCUGCUCCCCUCUGCUCUGGCUAACUUCUUGUGCCUGAAACAGGAGCGCCAGAGCUUUUAUUCCACAGAGCUCGACUCACAAGUCAUUAAUUUACACUGGAGACCACUGACUAGGUAAUAAAUUAUCAGUUCUUAACUUAAUAAUAAUAAUUUACCUCAAAGUUCCCAAACACAUUGUUUUAUUUCAUUACACAUCAUCCCAUUUAAACCUGCAACACUAUUCAUUUUCCUGAAUUAUUUAAUCUAUUUGUUAAUAUUUUUAUAGUUUCUUCUUUUAGAAACUGUAUAAAAUAAAACUCAUUCCUUCACUCUCUCCCAGUCCUCGAUAUCUUGAUCCAAAUGUGCCUACUGUAUAAAAACAUAUCCACAUUCGGUUAGCCAGGUGCAGCAGCAGUUCUCAUAUUUAAUAUUUACACACAGAUCAUGUUUAAUCCCUUCCAGAUUGGGAUUGUCUCCAUCAUUGUUGUGUACUUUUUAUACUUCCAGCUCUUCACUGAUGAUCUUUAGACUGAUGAAAGUCACCAUGUCAAGUCAAGACUUGUUUACAAUUAAUCUGCAGCUGUACAUGUCACCUCCAGGACAAAGCAGAAACAUUUUUGUGUAUUGUUUGUAUAUUUUGUGCUGGUUUUACAUAAUUUAAUUUAAUUUAAUUCUUUUCACUGGGCGGCAGUGGAGAAUCUGAGUUUACACCGAUUGUGCUGUCAGGAUGUGAUUCGAUUUUUGUCUUAUAAUAUUUUUACGUAACUCCCACAGAUGUAAGUGCUCUCAAAAAGCUGAGAGGGUCUGUUGAUUCUGCAAAAGGCACCAAACUCCUUGUGUCACUUGUCCAGACCUUUAUUUUACUUUUCUUUUUCUUCUUGUAAUGACAUUUCUUCAUUAGAAGACAAUGCACAGUUUAAUCUGCUUCCAAAAUCCCUGGUUUAGUUGUGUAACACUCACUUAUUACCUCUGCGCAAAGCCAUUCAAUCCAAAAGCAAAUAAUAGAUUCAUUACAUGUUCACACAUCUGCAUGGAAUUAGAUUUGAUUCUUAGAAUAAAAUGAUAGAGGAGUAAAUAUCAGAUUUUUUGUUUUAUACUGAAAGUUUCGAAUGACUCAGACUUUCUUUCUCAGAAGAAGUACAAUUAGCAGCGUGAAGCUAAUUAAAUCUGCAUCAAAAUGCAGCUCGUGAUCUAUGUCUGAGGGGAAAAGAAGAAGCAUGUGAACAGCAGAUGUUGCAAUUUUUCACUAAAAUUAUUGUAUUUAUUGACACCAAGUUACUUGAAAUAGGUUUUAUGUGCAGUUCUGAGAUUUUAAUGAGUUAGUUUUUUUCAUCCUUGAGGCUUGCUAGAACUCAGAAAACUAGAAAACAAUUUACUAUGAAACAAAUAUUCAGAUCAACUUUAUUUACUGGUAAUGUAAUUUUCUUUGUGGAAAUGAGCUUGUUUGUUCCUUCUCUUUAAAUAAUCUGUGAGGCUGAUUAUGUACAUAAUCCCUGAGUGAAGAAUGUCCGGUACCAACACGUGAUGAACUUUAGUCUCUUUAGCCAACGUGCAUGUUUGUGCCAAAAGUGGCAGGGAGUUAGUUUGGUCAUUUACCUUCAUUUCACCUGAUUACUGCAUUGGCCGCCAUCUUUGUUUGUAUCAUAGGAUGCUGUUUGGAGACAACAGCCUCUUCUAACAGGCUGCAUCUCUGCUUUCUUUUCAUUCUAUUUUCUAUAAAUGGGUUCUUCUUGUUGCCACUGCUCCUGUUUGACCCAGGUUGUUUACAUACCUCUCUUGGUCUCUGACUUGCAUGCUGAAUAAUUUCCAAACCAGGUGUUGGACACAGAAAUUGUCAUUAUACUGUGGUUUGUGAAAUGCUUUGUAAUGGAUUGCCUUAACUAAAGAUUAAAUAUUGACAACUUUGGCAGAA